AAGAGGGGAGGCCGAUCAGUGUUAUCAAUCACCCAUGAGUGACGUAGUCACGAUCCUUGAACUUCCCGGUACUAAAACGCGAUACACAUUGGCGUCACAUGUUUACACGUAAUUUGGUAAUGUGUAGAAAGUUACAUGUAGGCUACGCGAACGUCGAAAAACCGGACAAACCGAACCGGACGCGUCGUUGAUCUUCAGCAGUUCAUGCCUAGCGCAUGCCGCCGAUCAGUAAAUAUUUUUUGCCCCCACGUUGAGGAGUUCUGGUAUAAGUGUUAAGCUGAAGCAUGGCUGAAGCACGCAGUGCUGUCAAGGAGCCCAGAGUUGACGUCCUGUACUUUGAGGAAGGCCAGGAGGAUGAAUGGAAGGUUGGGUUGAGGGCGCUGCGGCGGAGCUGCGUACGCAGUUUCUACAAGACUCGGAACCUUAUUUGGAAUGGUCUGUGGCCAACCUCCUCAUGGAACCUGCUAGUAUCUGUGGCUGUCGUGUCACUUCUCAUGAUCACGGACUUUGAGAUUUGUCAAUCAAUCAACGAUAAGUUUUGGACACUCGGCGAGUAUGUAUACAUCGGUAGAGGGCCACCGUACUUCUACCUGAAGGUCUUGAUUGUAUCUCUCUUGGUCGGCGUUUGUUUCUUCGUAUCACUACUCCACGUCAGACGCUACCUGCUUCGUAUACUGCUGUCUUACAAGGGAUGGCUACAUGAGACUCCCAAGAACCAGUCCUGGACCACCCUGGCCUGGGGUGCCUGUGUCCGCAUCAUCUGUGGCCAGACCUUGAGCUCGUUGGUUCCGGCGCUGAGCCCAGGCACCUAUAGCUUCCAGCUCAGCCUGCCCCGCAUGCCGGUACCAUCGCUGGACGACACCAUCCGACAGUUCCUGGAGUCCAUGAAGCCACUGCUGGAUAAAGAGGAAUAUGAGACACUGCAGAAACAAGCCAAGCAUUUCAAGAAAACUGUGGGGCCCAAGCUGCAGAGAUUGUUGUACCUGAAGUCCUGGUGGGCAUCAAAUUACAUCACAGACUGGUGGGAGAAGUACAUCUAUCUGAUGAACCGGUCGCCCAUCGCAAUCAACUGCAACUACUAUUGCUUGGGCAAUAGUUUCUGGAAGCCCACCCAUGUCCAGACAGCAAGGGCUGCUGCCAAGAGCUAUGCUUUCAUGUCCUUCAAGCGGAAGAUAGAGAGAGAGCAAGUGCCCCCUCUGGUGAUCCGAAACACCAUCCCAAUAUGCAUGCACCAGUAUGAGCGGCUAUUUGCCACUGUCCGAGUGCCAGGUGAAGAUUUUGAUGAGCUUGUCCACUAUGAUUCCUCAGUUUCCAAGCACAUAGUCGUUCGCCGACGGGGCUACUUCUACAAGUUGGAUAUGUUUGACACCAUGGGUCAGCAACUCUCACCUUUGACCUUGGAGCAGCAGUUUGCUUGGAUCAUUGAAGAUGCGGACAGGAAGGAAGCCGAGGGCAAGGGCUCAGCGGCCAGUUCCCUGGGUGCCUUCACUGCGCUGGACAGAUCGGACUGGGCCACCAAGCGCAGCAAGUACAUGUCAUCGGGCGUCAAUCAAGACUCACUGGAUAUCUUAUCUAAGGCUGCCUUCCUGGUGAUACUUGAGACCUGCGAGUUUGACAACCUGAGCGACCGGGCCAAGUACCUGCUUCACGGCAGCGGCUCCUCGCACUGGUUUGACAAGAGCCUGUCCAUGUUUGUCUUCACGGACGGCAAGUUUGGCUACAACGUGGAGCACUCGUGGGGCGACGCCCCCGUGGUGGCUCAUCUGCAGGAGUACGCUUGCACUGACGAGGUGGAGGAGCAGCGUUAUGGCCCCGACGGUCACUGCGUACCCAUGGAGGGCUUCGUCCAGGCUGCCAUCAAGGCCCCGGUCUCCCUGGAAUGGGACAUCAGCGAGGAGAUGGACGAAGACAUCCAUGACGCUGUAGCCUUUGCCAUUAAGAACAACGAUGAUCUGGAUUUGUGUGUGCUGAAUCAUGAUGCCUACGGGAAAGGCUUCGUCAAGAAAUGCAAAGUCAGCCCUGAUGCCUACUUGCAGCUUGCCCUGCAACUGGCCUUCUACAUGGACGAGGGCAAGUUUGCCCUGACAUACGAGGCCUCCAUGACCCGCCUGUACCUUGCCGGCAGGACCGAGACCGUCCGACCGCUCACCCAGGACUCCUGCGACUUUGUUCGAGCGAUGAUGGAAGACAACCGCUCAGCCGAGGAGAAGAUCCGUCUUCUCCGCAAGGCCUCGGACGCCCACACCAAGCUGUACAAGGGCUGCAUGAGCGGCAAGGGAUGGGACCGACAUCUGUUUGCUCUCUACGUGGCCUGCAAGGGUCUGAAUUAUGAAAGUGAGUUUCUGCACCAUGCCCUGACCCACCCCUGGACCCUGUCUACCAGCCAGACACCCCAGCAGCAGAUUGCCGGCAAUCGCUCAAUCAACACCAUGGAACACAGAGACAAGGCCAGCCCCGGUGGAGGUUUCGGCCCCGUGUCGGACGAGGGCUACGGCGUGUGCUACAUGCUGCCCGAGGACAGCCGCUUCUUCUUCCACGUCUCCUCCAAGCACUCCUGCCCCUCCACGGACUCCAAACGCUUCAUGAGCAACAUCUUCAAGGCGCUGGCCGAGAUGAAGAAGAUCUUCACCGACGCCGAGGAGGAGGCCCAGGCAGCCAAGAAGAAAUUGUAGAUCGGGUGGUUCUAAUCCUCCUUUGUUCUGCUUGAACAAGAGUCCAAUCUCCAAAAAAUUCCCCAGAAAAUUUCAGGAUAACUAGACACC